UGAUGCAUUGCGGUCGUGAGCCUCUCGAACACGGCCAUUGUGGGAAGUGGUGGUGCUGAAGAGGCAACAACGAAGAUGGCGUGCUGUGGGAAUUGCUUAUGUUGUCACUGCUGCUGCAGGGAUGAAGAGACCCGAACACCCGAGGAACUGACUAUUCUUGGGGAAACUCAAGAUGAAGAGGAUGAGAUCCUUCCAAGGAAAGAUUAUGAGAGCCUGGAUUAUGACAGGUGCAUCAAUGAACCAUAUGUUGAAGUUCUGGAGGGGAUGAACAAUAAGAGAGCCAAAAGGUAUGAAGCUGUGAGGUGGAUGCUGGUGUUUGCCAUUGGAGUUUCAGUAGGCCUGGUGGGUGUUUUUGUGGACUUUUUUGUACGCCUUUUCACUCAGCUCAAAUUGAACUUGGUGGGAAAAUCUGUGGAGGAGUGCAGUGAAAAAGGCUGCCUGGCUUUUUCGCUUCUUGAGCUACUUGCCUUCAACAUGAUGUUUAUCUUCAUUGCCAGUGUGUUGGUCCUCAUUGAGCCUGUAGCUGCAGGCUCAGGAAUCCCUGAGAUCAAGAGCUACCUGAACGGAGUAAAGAUACCUGGAAUAGUCCGGCUACGGACUUUCGUCUGCAAGGCUAUCGGAGUCCUCUUUACUGUAUCCGGAGGUCUGUUUGUGGGGAAGGAGGGUCCAAUGAUCCACAGUGGAGCCAUCGUGGGAGCCGGACUCCCUCAGUUUCAGAGCAUCACUUUCAAGAAGAUCAACUUUGACUUCCCCUACUUCCGCAGUGACAGAGACAAGCGGGACUUUGUGUCGGCGGGGGCGGCGGCCGGGGUGGCGGCUGCGUUUGGGGCACCAAUAGGGGGCACCCUCUUCAGCUUGGAGGAGGGCUCCUCGUUCUGGAACCAGGCGCUCACCUGGAAAGUGCUCUUCUGCUCCAUGUCUGCUACGUUCACCCUCAACUUCUUCCGCUCGGGGAUCAACUACAACAAAUGGGGCUCGUUCCAGCUCCCUGGCCUGCUCAACUUUGGAGAGUUCAAGUGUUCAGACGGGGAUAAGAAGUGCCACCUGUGGACGGCGGUUGACCUGGCCUUCUUUGUCCUGAUGGGGGUGGCGGGAGGGCUGCUGGGGGCCUUCUUUAACUGUAUCAACAAGAGGCUGGCCAAGUACCGCAUGAGACACGUCCACCCCAAGGCCAAGUUUGUCAGGGUUCUAGAGAGUCUGCUGGUUGCCAUGGUGACCACGGUGGUGAUCUUUGUGGCAUCCAUGACAUUGGGUGAAUGUCGUGACUUGGCCUCCACAAUCACCAACAACAACACGACAGCUCUGGUGUCCCUCAACGAAGACGUCAUCAACUCUACAAUCCGCCAGUUCUUCUGCCCCAACAAGACGUACAACGACAUGGCCACUCUGUUCUUCAACCCUCAGGAGGUGGCCAUCCACCAGCUCUUCCACCAGGACGGUACGUUCAGCCCUGUGACGCUGAUUGUGUUCUUUGUGCUGUACUUUUUGUUGGCGUGCUGGACGUACGGCGUGUCGGUGCCCAGCGGCCUCUUUGUGCCCUCGCUACUCUGUGGCGCCGCUUUCGGACGCCUGGUGGCCAACCUCCUCAAAAUCAACCUGGGGAUGGACAUCUACUCUGGGACCUUUGCUCUGAUUGGUGCAGCCGCCUUCCUGGGAGGUGUGGUCCGGAUGACCAUCAGCCUGACUGUCAUUCUCAUCGAAUCGACCAAUGAGAUCACCUACGGCUUGCCCAUUAUGAUAACCCUCAUGGUGGCCAAGUGGACGGGGGAUUUCUUCAAUAAGGGCAUCUAUGACAUCCACAUUCAUCUGAGAGGAGUGCCACUGCUCGAGUGGGAGACAGAGGUCGAGAUGGACAAACUGACUGCCAGUGACAUCAUGGAGCCCAACCUGACGUACGUGUACCCCCACACGCGCAUCCAGUCCCUGGUGAGCAUCCUGCGCACCACCGUCUACCAUGCCUUCCCCGUGGUCACCGAGAACAGGGACAACGAACGGGAGUUCAUGAAGGGCAACAUCCUCAUCAGCAACAACAUCCGCUUCAAGAAAGCAAGCGUGCUGACGCGGGCCGGGGAGCAGCGGCGGCGCUGCCAGUCCAUGAAGUCAUACCCGUCCAGUGAGCUGCGCAAUGUGUGUGAAGACCAGCUGGCGGCCGUGGUGCCUGCUAUGGAGGAGGGCCAGGACAUGCUGCAGCAGAUGCUGGAGAGGAGACAUGCACCCUACCCUAACCUGUACCCAGACCAGUCCCCUAGCGAGGAGUGGACCAUGGAGGAGCGCUUCCGACCUCUGACCUUCCACGGCAUCAUCCUGCGCUCUCAGCUGGUCAACCUGCUGAUCCGUGGCGUCUGCUACGCAGAGAACCAGUCGAGUGCCACGCAGCCGAGACUGUCGUACGCUGAGAUGACGGAGGACUACCCCCGUUUCCCAGACAUCCAUGACCUAGACUUGGCCCUUCUCAAUCCCCGCAUGAUAGUGGACGUCACCUCGUACAUGAACCCUUCCCCCUACACAGUGUCCCCAAACACACAUGUGUCCCAAGUGUUUAACCUGUUCAGGACCAUGGGCCUUCGACACCUGCCUGUGGUCAACGCAGUAGGAGAGAUUGUGGGAAUAAUCACACGACACAAUUUAACCCACGAGUUCCUCUUGGGGAAACUCAGACAGCAUUACAUCACCAUUUGAGCUCCAGAGUCCAGUCUUUAAAGCCGUCAAGAGUCGCCCACGUCUUGCAAUCGCUCCUUCAACUGGACCUGUACCAUACUUUUCCAUGUCUUAUCCAUUCCCCCACACCCACACUCAGUACAACACGAUGGGCACACACCUCUGUAACGAGAGGUUAAAGGAUUACUUUUGUCUGCUCCGGAGCCUCUACAGCCCAAGACUUCCCCCCUGUAUCCCAAGUGUCCACGCUUUAUCAUCUUUAUCACUGUAACACUUUUGUUUUGACUUCUAACUGUACAUUUGAAUUUUAUGUUCUCUGUGUAUUUAAAUGUAUUAUACUAUAUAUUUGCGCAAAGAACAUUUCACUUUGCCGCCAGGGACGAUCAAAGUAGGCUUAUCCUGCAGUGUUAUCAAGAUGUCACAUUACGGACCAUUUCUAAUCAAGGCAUAUGUGUGGAGCUACAUUAACACAAAAAUACAGAAUUGCACUCGCAUAUGUUAAGCUUAACAGAAGACAGUUAAUCUCACAAAUAUUCAGGCAGCAAUGUUAUGGGUGUGUUUCGAAAGGACACAGGAAGAUCGAGGAAUAUGGUGUAUGUCAAGACUGGAUAGAAUCGACCAAGGUUUUUUAGUUUUAGUUUUGUUGUUUUGCGUUAGAGGGUGUGGGACCAAGAAAAGGUCCAGCAUAUUUUCUAGACAGAAAAGGGUGGACAUUUGUUUGUCAGUAUUAAGUACCUCUGUAAAACCUUUGUGGAAAUGUUGCCGUUGUUCACCUUGUAGAUUCACAUUGCAGGUAACCAAUUGGGAAACCAAUGAUGUGGUGACUUUCUGGCUAGUUUCCCCAUCCAUGUAGGUUCUGUUGGUGGUACUUUAAAAGGUAGAAUCCGCAAUAUGACAUUAUCACAGAACUCAAGAGAUGGUGUAAUGGUGCUUUCAAGACUGGGAACUCAGGGGAAAAAACGAGGUCAAAUCAGGACGUCAGUGAUCUUCAGGUCGGAAAGUCGAGUCUCUAGAAAGAGGCCAGAGUUUCCGACUUGGAUGACCGUUCAAAACUAUUUUUCUAGGUUCCCAGUUGUCUUGUGCGCACUGAAGUCAGAGAUUUCCGAGUUCCCAGUUGUUUUGAACGCAGCAUAAAUUGGGAUAAGCCAGUAAUGGCUGUGCUAAGUUGAUUUGUGUAAGUAUGGCGUUUGCCCACUGUCUAUUAGGAGUGUAAUGGUUCACCAAACCCACGCUUCAGUACAUAUUGCGGUUUUGGGGUCAUGGUUCGGUCUCGGUACAGCGGGAAAGUUAAAUGCCAUUCACAAUCUUCACCAUUCACAAUGUUCCUGGCAUUGUCUGUUGUGACAAGAAUGUUAUGUUGGGCCUCAAGUUUCCACUCACUCUGUUUGUAACCUUGUGAGAGGUGGGAAUUUACCAGUUGUGAAGUCAUAAAUACCAGUUGGAUGCUUUCAUGUGAUUUGAACUAGUUGAGAAAUGCUGAUUGGCUAACGGCCAACAAGCUGCGUCAACCAUAUACUAAAAGUACAGCUAUCAUGCGUGUAAACAAAUUAUAGUUUCAAAACCUCAGUAAUAGAUGCUGUAAAUGCUGUUUUUUAAUAAUUAAUGUUUUGUUGCAUUUAACUGCCAAAAAUGCUGUUUUUUUAAUAAUUCAUGUUUUGUUGCAUUUAACUGCCAAAAAUGCUCUUAUAAGUGGCCAUUUCCGUCAUAGGUGACCUACAGAGGUCACCAUCCAUGUGGGAGAAGUGAUUGCUCAGGAUGGUCGACAAGUUUCCCACAAGUAAUUCAUUAUCAGUUAGAGGGCCGUUCAAUUAGAUUUUUCUCCAGUAGUAUGUGGUAAAUUCCCACUUUCCACUUGGUUAUGAACGCACCAUGACGCUGCCUCCAGUGCCAGAUGCACACUUGUAGCUCUCAUAAAGGGGCCGUGUCUGUAGCACAGUACAUUUCCCACUCCAGGGUAAUGUGAUGGGCUGUCACUGUUAUGUGCAACACAGGGUGCAUUGGCCAAUUCAUUGAAAGCUUUGGCUUUCUUAUAUAGAGCGGGUGUACUACCUGUUUGCUGAAAUGGGUGCAAGAGGGAAGUUCAUAACAUGGCUCGAUCACUUUCACGGGGUGCUGAAACCCCCUAUUCUCAACUACAGAAUAGGUGCAUAUCCGUGGCUAUAAACCAAAGACUGUAAAAAAAUUAUAUAAACUUAGCCUACCUAUCGUUCUUGUAAUUUAUUUGUCCCGGUCAGAUUUAGCUGCUUGAAUUUAGAGGGGAGACAUUUCUUUGCGUUUCCGUCUUGCGCCAGUAUACUGGAGUGAUGUCGGCGUAAAUUUUUACAUUUACAUUUAAGUCAUUUAGCAGACGCUCUUAUCCAGAGCGACUUACAAAUUGUUGCAUUCACCUUAUGAUAUCCAGUGGGACAACCACUUUACAAUAGUGCAUCGAAAUCUUUUAAGGGGGGGGGGGGGGGGUUAGAAGGAUUACUUUAUCCUAUCCUAGGUAUUCCUUAAAGAGGUGGGGUUUCAGGUGUCUCCGGAAGGUGGUGAUUGACUCCGCUGACCUGGCGUCUUGAGGGAGUUUGUUCCACCAUUGGGGUGCCAGAGCAGCGAACAGUUUUGACUGGGCUGAGCGGGAAAUCUGCCAACAUAUUUGAGGUGGCAGCUGCAUAGGUGACAUUGUUAUCCACAACUUUCUAUCCAUCGCGGUUGUAAUUUACUGGGAGGAAACCAACAUGUUCCCAAACUUGAGAUCUAAACGAUGAUGGAGGAUCCUCUAAUUCUGGUUUAUUGACCCCACCACUCGCCACUGUACAGAACUAAUUAUUGGCUGCGCCUCACAAAUUUUUUAAAUCCGCCAAAUAAGAUUACAAUUAAUUACAAUGUGCACAUAGACUCUACUUGUUUUAACGGAAUAGCCUGAAAUAUUUUUUCAGAUCAGAUUUACUCGAGGCAUAGGCCUACAAUACAGCAUAGGCAUAGCUUAUGCUAGUGUUUUUAUUUUGUAAAUAAAAACAUUUUAAUGUAUUAAUUUGGGGUCACAUUGCGGACCGAACCGAGGUCCCUGUACCGAACGGUUUAUUACAAAUACAUGUACUGUUACACCCUUGCUGUGUAUGGUGAUGUUAUAUUGCAGAGUCUACCUUUUUAACAUGUGAUUAAACAUGAUGAUGAGGCCAGUGCAGCUUUUCUAUAAAUAGUAAAGAUGGAUGUAAAGUGAAUCAAUUUUGACAAACCAUGAUGGCACAUACAGAGUGCCUUCAGAAAGUAUUCACACUUCUUGACUUUUUCCAUACUUUGUUGUGUUACAGCCUGAAAUGUCUUGAGUCAAUAACUAUUCAACACCUUUUGUUAUGGCUAGCCUAAAAAAGUUCAGGAGUAAAAAUGUGUUUAACAAGUCACAUAAGUUGCAUGGACUCUGUGUGCAAUAACAGUGUUUUAUCAUGAUUUUGUUUUGAAUGGCUACCUCAUCUCUGUACCCCACAGAUACAAUUAUCUCUAAGGUCCCUCAGUCGAGCAGUGAAUUUCAAACACAGAUUCAACCACAAAGUCAGGGAGGUUUUCCAAAGCCUUGCAAAGAAGGGCACCUAUUGGUACAUGAGUAAAAAGCAGACGUUGAAUAUCUCUUUAAGCAUGGUGAAGUUAUUAAUUACACUUUGGACACCCAGUCACUCACUACAAAGAUUCCGGCGUCUUCCCUAUCUCAGUUGUCGGAGAGGAAGGAAACCGCUCAGGGAUAUCACCAUGAGGCCAAUGGUGACUUUAAAACCGUUGCAGAGUGUAAUGGAUCUGACAGGAGAUCUGAGGGAUCAUAAACAUUGUAGUUACUCCACAAUAAUAACCUAAUUGACAGAGUGAAGAUAAGGAAACCUGUACAGAACAAGGCACUUAAGUAAAACUGCAAAAAAUGUGGCAAAGUUAACUUUUUGUCCUGAAAUACAAAGUUAUGUUUUAUGCAAAUCCAACACAUCACAUCACUGAGUACCACUCUUCAUAGUGGAGGCUGCAUUAUGUUAUGGGUAUGCUUGUCAUCAGCAAAGCCAAUGGGGUAAAAAAAAGAAAAAAAGAGCUAAGCACAGGCAAAAUCUAAUGCAAGACUUGAAAAGGGCUGUCUAGCAAUUAUCAACAACCUGCUUGACAGAGCAUGAAGAAUUUAAAAAAAGAAAAUGUGCAGAUAUUGUAAAACCAGGUGUGCACAGCUGAGAGACUUAAAUAAAUAAAUGUUCAUCCAUUUUAGAAUAAGGCUGUAACGUAACAAAAUGUGGGAAAAGUCAAGGGGUCUGAAUACUUUCCGAAUGGACUGUAUACACUAAGCAUUCCUUAUUAUGUUUGUGUCAUGUUUUUUGCUCUGUUUUAUUUAAGAGUUUAUUUUUAUGAAAUGUUAUUUGUAUGAUUUGCUUCAUGUACUAUAAAUGGAUGAAAUGAUAUGGCGUUACAUUUGGUCUAGAACAAGAUAAAUAGUUGUUACUUUGGGGGGGGGGGGGGGUAUUUAUUGUUUGUAGCAUUGCCAUAGCGAGGGUUGCAAAAUGUAAGGGUAUCUUUCCCAAAAUUCCCUGGUUUCAGGAAUCGUCCAACCAGGAUUUCUGGAAAAUUUUGGAAUUUUGGGUAAGUUAACAUCCACACGAAAUGUGUCUCUGCAGAUGACAUGGAUCAGAUUGAGUUGGAUGAAAAAUGGACAAGUGGUAAAUGUGCUAUGCUUAGCCAUUGUCAGGACCAGAGGGACCGUCCCCUCCCCCCCGCCCCCCCUCCAAAUAACAUUAUGGACACACCAGUUAGUAAAUCUGCUGUGGAGGUUUAGGCAUUGCUCUGAGCUUGGUGAUACGUUUGUGGAAGCUUGACAUACCGUAUGUAGGAAAGCAAGCCCAUGGCAAACAACAUAGGUCCCUGGGAAAGAGAAAGCAGAAACCUCUGUCUUGUGCCUUGACAUUACUCUUCAAAAUAAAGAUCCCUUUGUUUUGUAAAUCA